UUCCACUUCUCUCCAAAGCUUGUUCCACGUGUAAGCUUCUCCUUCAACCCCCAUCAGAACCACACGUGUACGCGAUGCAUCAAGAACUUUCUCAUCUCCCUCUAUAACCGCUCUUCUUACCCACCUACUCGCAGAAGCAGAACCGUCUGUCAUUCACUAUUCAGCGGCAUAACUGAUAAAUUUUGAUUUUGUUCUUCGGAUUUACGAGGAAAAUGUGGGCCCAGCCUUACCGGAAGAGUGACCUGGAGGUCGGAGCGAGGCCUCUCUACCCGAUGAUGCUAGAGAGCCCGGAGCUCCGGUGGUCCUUCAUUCGCAAAAUCUAUUCAAUCCUGGCCGUGCAGUUGCUCGUCACCAUUGCCGUCGGCGCCGUAGUCGUUUCGGUCCCUCCAAUCGCAACCUUCUUCGUCAGCACCGGGGGCGGGCUCGCCCUCUACAUCGUACUCAUCAUCUUGCCCUUUCUUGUGUUAUGCCCCUUGUACUACUACCACCAGAAGCACCCGCUGAAUUACUUUCUUCUUGGGAUUUUUACAAUUUCUCUUGCGUUUGUGGUUGGAUUGACUUGUGCAUUUACCAGUGGGAAGGUUAUAUUGGAAUCCGUCAUUCUGACGGCUGUGGUUGUCCUGAGCCUCACUCUGUACACAUUUUGGGCAGCAAGGAGAGGCCAUGAUUUCAACUUCCUUGGGCCCUUCUUGUUUGGCGCUGUAAUGGUUCUUUUAGUAUUCGCCAUGAUUCAGAUUCUGUUUCCGCUCGGCAGGAUUUCUGUGAUGAUCUACGGGUGUUUGGCGUCUCUCAUAUUCUGUGGCUACAUAAUUUACGACACUGACAACUUGAUCAAACGCUAUUCCUAUGAUGAGUACAUUUGGGCUGCGGUCUCCUUGUAUUUGGACAUCAUCAACCUCUUCCUGUCGCUUUUAACCAUUUUCAGGGCUGCUGAUUCUUGAAGUUAUAAUUUGGAUCAAAGACAAAAUUCUUGUCAACAAAGUUAAUGUUCUACUUCUUUUUUCUUCCUCUUUCACCGUGGGUUAACAUUGUAAACCAUUUCAGUGAUUGUAGUGAUAGAUACUUGAGUUUUACUUUGUUCAGUUGCAAAUUUGUAUAUGAUGCUUUCUGUUAAACCGUUUUGUAGAUAAUGGAAGGGAGCAAUUUGAACAUUA